AUGGAAACCAAGAAGUGGUUGCCGAUUAACCUAAGAUCGACCUCCGACGUAGAAAGGGAAAGGGCGUUAGCCAGUUGGUCUGAAGGAUCAUCACAACAAAAACACACUGGCACAAGUCAUAUGGUUGGUUUGUUCACUACACAAACUAACAAAAUCCAACAGCAAAAAGAGCUGUUACAGGUAGUGUGCUUGACAGAAAUUCGGCCUUAUAAUUGCAAAGGCUUGGAUGGAUAUAUGGGCUAA